AUGUCGGAUUUCUGCUCUCCCAAAUACCAGAGCGGGGACCUGGUAUUUGCCAAGCUCAAGGGCUACGCGCACUGGCCGGCCAGGAUCGAGCACAUGGCUGAACACAACCGCUACGCCGUCUUUUUUUUUGGGACUCAUGAGACGGCGCUCCUGGGUCCCAAACACCUCUUCCCCUACGCCGAGUGCAAGGAGAAGUUCGGUAAGCCCAACAAGAGGCGGGGCUUCAGCGAGGGGCUGUGGGAGAUCGAGAACAACCCCACCAUCCAGGCCUGCGACGACCACGACCACGACGACGACGAUGAUGACGAUGACGACAACCAGGGUCCCCUGGAGAAGAGCGGCGCCGAGGGGCCUGUGCCGGCGCCUCCGCCCGAGGCCUUCGAGGCCAGCGAGGCCCAGAAGGGCGGCCGCCGCGACGAGAAAGGGGAGCUGCUGCCCGUGGAGGAGCCCGCCCCGAAGCUGGAGGAGAUGGGGCUGCUGAAGAGGAGCGCCGGGGACCUGCUGGAGGACGUGGUCCUCAAACGCCCCAAGGUGGCCGACCUGGAAGGCCGUCUGGAAGGCGAGGAGGAGGCGGUGGUGGUGGCUGCGGCGGAGGCAGCGGGGGCGGAGGCCGAGGCCGCCUGCGAGGCUGCGAGGCCCAUCCUGGUGGAGGCGUUGGAGCAGGGCCCUGUGUGGGGGCCACCGCAGGAAGAAGGGGAGCUGCAGGAGGAGGCCACCCAGGUGGAAGGGGAGGCCGAGGUCCCAGGGGAUGGAGACCACGAGAGCCUGUAG